UACCUAUGAGGAUAACAUUUUGUACUAUUGUUAGUUACUUUUUAAGAGAGAAGCCGUGAUUUGUUGCAGGACUGUUGCUUUGAAUGGAAUGAAGUUACGACUGGAUUUGAAUGGAAUGAAGUUACGGCUGGAUUUGAAUGGAAUGAAGUUACGCCUGGAUUUCAACCAGAGUCAUUUCGCUAUAAUUACGCUUAUGAAUUUGUCAACCAAUACAAGAGAAUGACAGUGACGGAAAAACUCGCCAGUUCUAUAGACACGUUUUGUGAUUCGCCUAUAGAAUGCCGAGCGUGUCUCUUACUCACAACCAUCGCAUGGUUUCUCCAUACCUUCCUGUCCUAUGGCACAGACAUUUGGGUGGAACUGUCGGAAGGACCAACAGAGAGCAACCAAGGUCUCUGGAACCACUGUAGCAAGACCCUCAGUAACACCGACAUCACUUGUCGUGAAUCAGUUACCAACUUUCUGGAGUAUAGAAAUCAAGACGUACCGGGAUGGCUUCACGCUACCAGAUUCUUCCAAAGUAUUGGACUCCUCAUGUCUCUUGCGUCAGUCGUGUCGUCCAUUUUCUGCACGUUCGUUAAUAUAACCGACAGAAAGACAAACGCUCAAGUUGCUGCGGCGGUGAUGAAUUUUGUCACAGCUGGCAGUAUGUUAAUAGGAAUCAGUAUUUAUGGUGGUCAGUACCGAUAUGUAACUUGGCUAAAGGGCUACCAUCUUUCUUGGUCUUUUGCUUUUUCCAUUUUGGCCGGAAUUGCUCAUUUGGUCUCUGGAGCUAUAUAUAUGUUUACACUACCGGACUCAGGUAACAUAUUUAUUUCAAAACCAUGUCGAUUUCACGUCUUGGACAUAGUUUAA